AACACGUCAGGUAAAAUAUUUUGAGGAAAACACAUCCGGAAUGCUACAUGCCCAAUAUUUAUUGACUUCAACAUGCAAGAUACUGAUGUUAAGCACCCUGCUGUUGGUUGCAAAAAUUAAAAGUUUCAGAAUUAAUGACCUCCCAGCUUUCACAGGAGGCAGUCUCUAGCAACUUGUUCACUCCUCUGUAUCAUAAAUCAGAAGACUUUGCAGAUGUGCCCAUUAUCGCUAAGAUCCUGUAUAUUUUGAAGUAAAGGAGGCAAGGUUUCCUCUGAGAGCCUUUCGCCUUGGACUGCACUCCCCUGUGGAGGGCAGCUCUACUGAAGAUAGUCAUGUUUAUUUGUUUACAUUGGACAAAAAAUGACAUCCCAUUGAUUUCAAAGGGGUAUUUUUUGAUGAAACACUUUUUAAAAGUGAAGUGUAAAACUGCACAAGAAAGAAAUAGGAAAUGUAAAGAGCGGUCAUGAGGAAAAACUAUCUGUGAGAUAAUGAAAAUUAGUGGGAUUACCUGCUUUCAUUCUGGGUCUACUGCAGGCCACCAGAGAAGUGGCACGAUUUGAGUUUAACGUGCAACGAUAGGACCUGUCAGCACAAUAGGUGUGGUCAGAGGUUUGUACAUGCUGGCCAGCUACUGUGGUCACUCUUAAAAACUGACUGCGUACAGUCAACCCUAAGCAAAUGAGGCUGGUUUAAGUAGUUCUCUGCAUGUGGAUUUACAGCCUUAUUUUUUAGGUGCUCCAAUCUGAAAUUGUAGCUUGAAAGGUUUGAAAGGGGGUUCUGGGCUGUGCUCACGUUGGGAACAGGGGGCUGGUGACAGGUGCAGCCAGUGGCCACCCCUCCCCAGCACCCUGUGAUCCAUGAAUCAGGCAUCUUUGAUACAUGCAAGUGUCUGCAUUUGCAGAUACCAGGUUAAUGUUUUAACCUCUUCUUGACACAUCCCUUGCUCUUCCGAGCCACAGGACCUCCUUCUCCGCCAUUUCUGCUAAUUGUCCCGGCUGUCAGUUAGCAGUAACAGCUAUUGGUGUUGCACUAGCUUGCUCAGCAGCGCAAUUUCCUUUCAGCUCUCUUUUCAAGGAAGUGAAACCACUACGAUGUAUUUUUGCAUUCUGAGGUACCAAAGCAGCAUGAAGCACUGCAGGCGGGAGAGAAAGGUAGCUGAGAAGAGCUUCUGUUAUGGUGAGGGGCAGAACCCCACGUUCACUCUGUGAUAGCUUCUGACAGCAUUUCAAAGCACAUCAUAAAGUGUGUGCUGGAUUUAGCAGAAUAAAUAAGCCUCACACCUGAAUAAUAAUUUAGCAGAAUAAAUAGACCUCAGCUGUUUUGCCUCUCUUUCUCCUGUGAGCGUUAACAAUUGCAAUUCCUUUUGAUGAACAAGCGCUGUGUUUUCAAAGCAAACCCUCCAUAUGUGAAGUAGAUGUAAGCAGAUGAAGCUGGAGGCUCCAGGAAAGCUGCAGUAUAAAGGCAGCCAUCUCCCACACCAUUCAACCCCAAAUAUGAAUUCACAUGUGCCCUAGUGGAGAAGGAGCUGCAAAAGGAAUGUGCUGUAAAUAGUUGACACUGGCAACAGAACAUGAGUGUGGCCACAGAUGUCUUCAACUCCAAAAGUCUGGCCAUUCAGGCCCAGAAGAAGAUCCUUGGAAAAAUGGUGUCCAAAUCAAUAGCAACUACUUUGAUCGAUGAUACGAGCAGUGAUGUUUUAGAUGAGCUCUACAGAGUGACAAAGGAAUAUACACAAAAUAAAAAGGAAGCGGAGAAGAUCAUCAAAAACCUCAUUAAAAUAGUCCUGAAGUUGGCAAUUCUCUACAGGAACAACCAAUUUAAUCAUGAUGAAAUAGCGUUGAUGGAGAAAUUCAAGAAGAAAGUUCAUCAGCUGGCUAAGACUGUGGUCAGUUUCCAUCAGGUGGAUUAUACCUUCGACAGGAAUUUUUUGUCCAAACUGUUGAACGAUUGUAGAGAGCUACUUCAUGAAAUCAUUCAGCGUCACCUAACUGCGAAGUCACAUGGACGCAUCAACAACGUGUUUGAUCACUUCUCUGAUUGUGAAUUUUUGGCUGCCUUGUACAAUCCUUUUGGACCUUAUAAACUCCAUUUGCAGAAACUUUGUGAUGGUGUCAACAAAAUGCUAGAUGAGGGGAACAUAUAAGUAUGCCUGUGCAUUAUUUGUAGAUGGCACACUGUUGAUUUAUGAAGGAAUAAGGGAGCAUGCAAAAAAGGUUUUUUACAUUAUGAGAAAUAUUUCCAAAAUAUCUUUUAUUAAAUUGAUUCCUUAUUAUGACCUAUAUGCACAGUCCAUCUGGAAGAAAGGCUGCACAUGACUUUUUUUACUGUGCUUUUCCUAUAGAAACAGCUGAAUAAAGAAUAAAACAGAAUAGUCCAAAUAGAGUAACAGUCUGCAAGAUAGAUACACAGAACAAUAUGCUGUCAGACAAUCCACAUCUUUCAUAGAUGUACAGCAUUAUUUCUAAACUAACAGAGUCCACUAAUGUUAGUAAGAGACUAUCAUGGUGAUGGUACACUCUAUAAUUUCUUUAUAUGUGAAGUAUGUAUAUUUGAUUGAUUUGUAGUCUUUUAUGCUCUCUGCACAGAUCAUAGCUUCCUAGUGUUGCUCUUACGAAGCAGUCAGUUCUAAAUAUUAUCAGUGAUGCUGUCAUGUGGAGUCUUCACAGCCUUGUUCAUCUCUGGCUCGGUGGUGUCUCCUGUCUGCAAGGGAGAAUCUGCCAGAGAUCCUUAUAGGCCCACACAGAUGCUUGCUUCUUUGAUAUUAUGGGGAUAUUUGAGGAAUAAGCUACAGUAAAAUAGCCUAACUGGGGAAGAGUGUUCCCUAGAAACCACCUGUGGUACAUAAUUUUAACUCUGCCUAUGAUAAAGUAAACCAUAGUGACUUAUCUGUGCAAUUCCUUAAGAUACUAAGAAUACUGCUAGUAGAAUAGAAUCAGUCUUUUGGGUUGGAAGGGUCACAAUUCUUUUUUGGAAAGGUGUGAGUCAGUAUAUUUUAUAUACUAGGCUGAUGUGUAUGAUGAUGUGAAUUCAGAAAGCUUGAUCAUCUGAAAAUAAAUUCCAAGCUUAUUUGCUUUGUGUACAAUGAAACUAGAAACAUAAAUUAGUUUUAUUGUUGUGUUAGAUACUAUUUAACUAAUGGAAAAAUGGAAUCUUGAAUAAUCUUUUUUUCUUCUUUUCUCCCCUCCUACAUUUCAUCCUUCUUUUUCUCCCUCAUCUUCUCCCUGUCUUACCUUUGGGGGAUAAAAAAAAAAAAUGUGACUUUCUAGACACUGUAAUGUACUUAAAAGCAUGAAGUUGAUACAUUUCAAAUACCCGAAGGCUUUUUGUUAGGAAGCAUAUAAAGAAUUUGCUGUUUAUUUAAUUGCCAGUGUUCUUGCUGUUUGCUGUGUCCUUUUGUUUUAAUAAGUAAACCAAAGAAUAUUUGCACUCUGAA